CAAUACCAGGGAGUCUCGGUCUCUAGAUCCUGGGAGCUCCCGUGGAUCUGCAGGAUCCGCGCUGCCCAGUCCCGGCGGGAGAUGGCCUUGCGGCUGGGCCAGCUAGGCUCGGGCCCCUGGUGGCGAGCGGUGCGAGGUGACUAUGCACAGCUGCGCGCCCCGUCCCCUCGCAGCGCGUCCGCCUGCGUCUGCCGGCUGCCUGGCACCGCCGGUACCCAGCCUCGCCGCGGGCUGGGCCACGGCUCCUCGGCUGGAGGCGGGUCCCGGCUGGGGACCGGGCUGGCCGCGGCGCUGGCGGGGAUGGCAGGGCUGGCAGCCGCCGUCUUAGGGCACGUGCAGCGGGCGGAGAUGGUGCCCAAGAGCUCGGGGGCGCGGAGCCCCUCACCUGGACGGCUGGAGGAGGACGGGGACGAGCUGGCCCGCCGCUGCAGCACCUUCAUGUCCUCGCCGGUGACCGAGCUGCGGGAGCUGGGGAGAAGGCCGGAUGACAUGAAGACCAAGAUGGAGCUGAUGAUUAUGGAGACCCAGGCCCAGGUGUGUCGGGCGCUGGCACAGGUAGACGGAGUCGCUGACUUCUCUGUGGACCGAUGGGAGAGGAAGGAAGGAGGUGGUGGCAUCACCUGUGUGCUUCAGGACGGGCGUGUGUUUGAGAAGGCCGGGGUGAACAUUUCUGUCGUUCAUGGGAAUCUUUCUGAGGAGGCAGCAAACCAAAUGAGAAGCAGAGGAAAAGCCCUGAAGAAGAAAGAUGGUAAAUUGCCGUUUACUGCUAUGGGUAUAAGCUCCGUGAUUCACCCUAAGAAUCCUUAUGCACCCACCAUGCAUUUCAACUAUAGAUACUUCGAAGUAGAAGAAGCUGAUGGUAAGAUGCAUUGGUGGUUUGGGGGUGGAUGUGACCUCACACCGACAUACCUGAACCGAGAGGAUGCCGUCCAUUUCCACCGUACUCUGAAGGAAGCUUGCGAUCAGCACGGGCCAGACAUCUACCCCAAAUUUAAAAAAUGGUGUGACGACUACUUCUUCAUAGCACAUCGCGGGGAGCGGAGGGGCAUCGGCGGCAUCUUUUUCGAUGACCUCGACUCUCCAUCCAAGGAGGAGGCGUUCCGCUUUGUGAAGACGUGUGCCGAGGCAGUGGUUCCUUCCUAUGUUCCCAUUGUGAAAAAGCACUGUGAUGACUCCUACACCCCCCAGGAUAAGCUGUGGCAGCAGCUGAGGAGAGGGCGGUAUGUAGAGUUUAAUCUGGUGUAUGAUCGGGGCACCAAGUUUGGCCUCUUUACUCCAGGAUCCAGGAUCGAAAGCAUCUUGAUGUCUUUACCUCUAACAGCAAGGUGGGAGUAUAUGCAUUCCCCUCCAGAGAAUUCCAAAGAAGCUGAAAUUCUGGAAGUGCUGCGCCAUCCAAAGGACUGGGUGCACUGAUGUGCAGAGCCUUGCUCCAGGGCCUGGUGGUCGCAGGUGGGGUCUUCCUGCACCCUGGCCACCGUGUGGCAGGCAGUGUCUUCUGUGCCUUACCGUCCCCACCUUCUCCACCGUGGGCAUUCCUCUGUGUCAGGUGGUUUUGGUCUUUUCUAGUGCUGUGGCAAAGGUGGGUGGGGAUAUAAAAGUGCCCAAUUUGUUGUCCGUGAAAUUCAUUUGUACGUUUCUAUGCAGUUUCUAUGACCAGUCAAUUUGACAUUGGGUUUCCAGGUCUUAAGUUAAGGGAGUGUAAAUACUAUGAUACCCACCAGGAAACUCAUUUUGUUUGUUGUUUGAAGUUCUAGUUUUUGCUACAGACAUUUAUCAGGGGAUACAUUUUAUCUUCAUUAGUUCAGUCAGGCUGCCCUUCUUGGGAGCUUUAGAAUGCAAUUGGAAGCCAGGCAGUGGUGGUGUACGCCUUUAAUCCCAGUAUUCAGGAAGAAGAGGUUGGUGGAUAUCUGUGAGUUUGAGGCCAGCUUGGUCUACAAAGGGCGUUCUAGUAUAGCCAGGGCUACACAGAGGAACCCUGUUUUGAAAAAGCCAAAAACAAAACAAAAAGAAAAACACAAAAAAAGCAAUUUGAAAAAACAUGUUUUUCGUUAUUUUUGAUGUAAUUUCAUGUAUCUUUCUCUAUAGAGCAGAAUAUGAUAAAAGUACUCAUUUUUUUUUUUUAAAGAUAGCUAUUUAAGAGCUCCGGAAAUAUUCUUUAGUCAGUUCUUGCAUUAUAUAAUGUUGACCUAGUUUACAGCUGCAAAUGGCAUUACCAUUAUUUAAAUAAGGGACGUCUUGAAUGGUGAGGUUUUUGUGGGAUUAUAACCUGCUAACAUUAGGAUUCUAUGUAUUUUUUAAAGCAAAACUUACAUCCCUGGAUUCUGAUACUUAAGAGUUUAUUUUAGACAUUUAGAUAUGGAAGAUUAGACUAAGAACAAAUGAAACACAUUUUUCUCUUUAACUAAAAAGAACAAAGAUAGUCUAAGAGGGGCAUUUUAUAUUUUUUUAAAAAAAUGAGCCAAUAGAAAUUGUCUUACUUUUCAGAUUAGAGAUUCUUCAACUUUUACCUUUUCUUUUAAAAGUCACAGCAGAUUUCUUAAUGUGUGGUUUAUCUGUCUAAAUAAUAGUAUGACUGUGCUAUGUUAUUUGAUUUAUAAUAUAUUGAAUUUGUAAGGCACAAUAUAUUAUACAUAGUUAAAUAUUAUCCUGGAAUAUGUUAGAUGUAUAUGAUUGUGUUUGGCUCUUUUAGGGUGAGAAAAUCUACAAAUUCUUCAACUUGUCUUACAUAGACAGCUAAUAAAUUUUAUUACAAAA